AUGGGAUUAAAGUCAUCGAAAGAAGCGGAGAAGUCUCCGAAAAACGAGAAAUUAUCCAGUAAAAAGUCUGGAACGAAAUCUAAGAAGUCUGAGCCAAUAGUUCAAGAUGUGGUGGUAGAACCAAGUGAAGAUGUAGAAGAAACUCUCUCUGAACCCACAGAACAAAAAGAAAUAAUGAUGGAAGUACCAGAAGUCAUGAAGGUUGCCGAAAAUCUAGAAGAAUCAGAUUCACGUGUUACUUCUGGAAGUGAAUCUGAUCUGGAUAUUGUAGAUGAUCAAUCUGAAUCUAUAUCGGAAACGGACUCUAAUCAAGUGGUAACUUCUGAAUAUUCUGAAUCGGGAACUGAUUCUGGUGAUGAUAGUGAAGAAGAAUCUCCAGAAUAUGAUCAAGAAUCGAUAACUGAGGAAGAUAUUGAAAAUCGAGAAGAACUGAUUUCGGCUAUUGAAAAUUACAUCGGUGAGAAAGAAAGUUCGGAAACUGAAAAUCACCAUUCUGAAGUCACUGCUUCUUCAAAAUCUGUAGACAGAGAGCGUAUUGCGUGUGGAGCAGAUGUUGAACAAUCUGAACUCUAUUCGAAGUCAUCCGUAAUAAGUUUAGGCAAUUCGGAUGAUGUUUCCGCCGAACAAUAUGAAAGUUAUCACAAUGAAUCGUCUGAUUCCUACCCAAUAAUUUCUGAGAAUCGUAAAAAUGGAAUUACUUUGAUUCGUGUCAAUGGACCACAUGCAGAUAAAACUCAAGAUUUCUGGAGAAUGGUUGUUGAGAAACGAAUUCCGACGAUUCAAAUGACGUGUGAUUACGUAGAAGAUGGCAUUUUGAAAUGCGCGCCGUACAUUCCAAUGCUCGGUGAACCAGAGUUACGCUGUGGAGUCUACACAAUCAAACGUCUUGGGCCGGAGUCUCAGUUAUCGGCGAAUCUAAGAAGACAGCAACUUUUGAUUUAUGAGACAAAAAGAGUAUCUUCUGAAUACAAGCACAGCGUCACUCAUUUUCAUGAAAGCGAAAAUUUUGACUCAACUCAAGCAUCCAGAAAUUCAAAUGUUAUCAUUAAACAUGUUUCUCAUCAGGUAGUGAAAAUUAUUAGUACUGAUCAUUACAACAGACAAUUUUCAGCCAAAUCCGCAGCUAUUGAUUCAUGGAUCAUGGUGACGAAACAAGAAGAUCAAUUAUAA